AUGUUGCACCGCUUCGUCACGAUUGAGGAAGAUUUUAGUCUGUUUGGUGACGCAAAAUUCCUGGAGAAGUGGCCUACUCUCUACAAGCAGAAAGUCAUUGACCAAAGCCGUGGCCUCGCACACAGGCGACCUGCAAGACCUGGUUCAAAAUGCGUGAACACAGAGCGCUUUGAGUCGGAGACCAGGGUGAUAAACCAUGUGGGGGGAGGCUGGCCCAAGGACGUCAACCCUCAGGAGAUGGAGCAGACUAUCCGCUUCAGGAAGACAGUGGAGAAAGACAAGCAUUAUUUCAGCACCAUCAUGCAGCUGGGCAGUAACAUGGAGAACAGCAUCAAGCAGAGCAAUGCCAUCGACAUCUACCAGGAGUACUUUGAAGGGGAGGAGGAGUCAAAACCAUCAAUAUCUUACAGAGACCCGAACAAGAUAAAACACACUGGCACCAGUCUGUCCUGGCAUCCCGAUGGCAGACGCAAGCUGGCUGUGGCCUACUCCUCAUUGGAGUUCCAGAAAGUCUCUAAAGACAUUAGCUACAACUCCUAUAUAUGGGACAUUGAGAAUCGCAAUAAGCCAGAGAUGACCCUGAAACCUGUCUCUCCACUGGUCUGUCUGGAAUACAAACCCCCAAAGACUCACAUCCUGGUAGGAGGUAGCUACAAUGGCCAGAUCGCUUAUUGGGACACUCGCAAGGGCAGCUAGCCAGUGGAAAUGUCCACACUAGAGCACAGCCACAGAGACCCUGUCUACAAAGUAAUCUGGUUGCAGUCAAAGACUGGAACCGAUACCUUCUCUGCGUCUAAGGACGGCCAUGUGCUGUGGUGGGACAUUCGUAAGAUGAGCGAGCCCACAGAGAGGCUGGUACUGGACCCUAACAAGAAGUGCAAUCUGGGGGUGAUGACACUGGAGUUUGAGACCACUAUGACCACAAAGUUUAUGGUGGGAACAGAGCAAGUCUCAUGUAACCGAAAGGCCAAGACCCCAGCUGACAAGAUAGUGUGCACGUACAACGGUCCUCACGGCCCAAUCUACGCCCUGCAAAUGAACCCGUUCUUCCUCAAGAACUUCCUGACCGUAGCCGAUUGGACAGCCCACAUCUGGUCCGAAGACAUCAAGGAGUCGUCCAUCAUGUGGACAAAAUAGACUAUAUGCUAUCUGUCAGAAGGCUGAAGGAUUCCAGUACGGCCCUCUGUGUUCUUCGCCAUCAAAAUGGACGGGAUACUAGACAUUUGGGACUUCCUCUUCAAACAGAACAACCCCACACUCAGUCUGCAAGUGUGUGAGGAGGCUCUUUACAGCCAGCAGGUGCAGGAUAAUGGGUGCUUCCUGGCCUGUGGACACCAAGGACGAGGACACCAAGGAGGGCGACGGAGAGGAGAGCGCCGAGGAGCUAGUAAUGCACAUGGAGACCGAGUUCUAUGA